UUGUUUAGCUUCCAAAGCUCCCACUACUGAUUCCUUCUAAAUUGCUUCUUUUCUAUUGGAAAUGUGAACACUCUCUUACGUAUUUGAGAGCAUAGUGCCCCUUUUACUUUCCAAGUUCUUUAACCCUCAUCUUCAUCUUCUUCAAAAUGGGAAUAAUUUAUUAAUCCACAUUCCACUUCUUUUUCCUUGGAUUCCUUAAUUUAUUGUAUUAGGAAGCUUUGUAGGAAAAUGAGUAAGAAAAUUCGCCUCUCUUUCUUGGAGACUUGGUGAAGAAGGAGACUUCAUGUUUACAGUACAAUCCUUUCAUCACUAUGAAUUUUUUUUCUUCUUCUGCUUCUGCUUCUGCUUCUUCCUCUUCCAAUUCCACUACCUCCCAAGAAAAAUAUGAUAUUUUCCUUAGCUUCAGAGGUGAAGACACUCGUUAUAACUUUACGAGCCACCUCCAUGCUGCAUUGAAUGGAAAGAGAAUUCCAACCUUCAUUGAUGACGAUCUUGAGAGAGGAAAAGAAAUUUCACCAUCACUUUUGAAAGCCAUUGAAGAGUCUAAAAUCUCAGUGGUUAUUAUCUCACAAGACUAUCCUUCUUCCAAAUGGUGCUUGGAGGAACUUGUAAAGAUUCUUGAAUGCAUGAAAAACAGAGGACAGAUGGUUAUCCCAGUUUUUUACAGGGUUGAUCCAUCCCACGUUCGCAAUCAAACAGGCAGUUUUGAAGAUGUGUUUGCCCGGCAUGAAGAAUCCUUGUCGGUGAGCAAAGAAAAGGUGCAGAGCUGGAGGGCUGCCUUAAAGGAAGUUGCUAAUUUAUCCGGCUGGCAUUCAACGAGCACCAGGCCGGAAGCUGAAGCCGUUAAGGAAAUAAUAGAGGUUAUUGUGAAGAAAUUGAACCAAAUGUCCCCAAAUUGCUACUCUAGAGGUUUGGUCGGAAUGGAGUCUAGGAUUCAAGAAAUUGAAUCUCUAUUAUGUCUGAGAUCAUCAAAUGUUAGGAUAGUUGGGAUAUGGGGCAUGGGUGGUCUUGGUAAGACCACUCUUGCUAGAGCUAUAUAUGAUCGAAUCGCUCCUCAAUUUGAAAUUUGUUACUUUCUUUCAAAUGCAAGGGAGCAAUUGCAAAGAUGUACACUAUCUGAAUUACAAAACCAACUUUUCUCAACACUGUUAGAGGAACAAAGCACUCUUAAUCUACAGCGGUCGUUUAUAAAGGAUCGGCUUUGUCGUAAGAAAGUUCUUAUUGUUAUCGAUGAUGCAGAUGAUUCAACACAAUUGCAAGAGCUAUUGUUAGAGAGUGAGCCUGAUUAUUUUGGUUCAAGAAGUCGAAUUAUCAUAACAAGUAGGGAUAAGCAAGUACUCAGGAAUAUUGCUAGAGAUAAGAUUUAUGCAAUGCAGAAAUUGAAAAAGCAUGAAGCUCUUCAACUCUUUAGCUUGAAGGCUUUUAAGCAAGACAAUCCCACAUGUCGUCAUUGUAGGUUGCAAGCAGAAAGGGUGGUAAAAUAUGCAAAAGGCAAUCCAUUGGCUCUUACAGUUUUGGGUUCUGCAUUGUUUGGUAAACGUGAAAAAGAUUGGAAAAGUGCACUGGAAAGAUUAGAAAGAAACCCUAACAAGAAAAUCGAUGAUGUUCUGAGAAUAAGUUAUGAUGGACUAGAUUCUGAAGAGCGAAGCAUAUUUCUUGAUAUUGCUUGUUUCUUCCGAGGACAAGAUGGAGAUUUUGUAACCAAAACAUUGGAUGGCUAUUAUGGUUCUGCACAUAGUGUUAUAAGCACUCUAAUUGACAGGUCUGUCAUUAUGCUUUCUUCUGACUCUAGCAAGUUAGACUUGCAUGAUCUGCUUCAAGAGAUGGGCCGAAAAAUAGUUUUUGAAGAAUCUAAGAAUCCUGAAAACCGUAGCAGGUUGUGGACUCCUGAAGAUGUCUGCUAUGUCUUGAAUGAAAACAGGGGAACUGAAGCAAUUGAAGGCAUAUCAUUGGAUAAGUCAAAGGCAACAUCAGAGAUUCGCUUGAAGCCUGACGCGUUCUCAAGGAUGUGUCGUCUUAGAUUUCUGAAAUUCUACAAGUCACCAGGAGAUUUCUACAGGUCACCAGGAGACAGACAUAGUAAAGAUAAACUGCAGAUUUCUCGUGAUGGUCUUCAAUCUCUUCCCAAUGAAUUGAGGCAUCUCUAUUGGAUUGAUUUCCCGAUGAAAUCCUUACCACCGAGUUUCAAUCCAGAAAAUCUGGUUGUGCUUCACCUACGUAAUAGCAAAGUUAAAAAGCUUUGGACAGGAACACAGAAUCUCGUGAAGUUAAAAGAGAUUGACCUUUCGGGAUCCAAAUACUUGAUUGGAAUUCCAGACUUGUCAAAGGCCAUAUACAUUGAGAAAAUCGAUCUUUCAGAUUGUGACAGUUUAGAGGAGGUUCACUCGUCCAUACAAUAUCUUAACAAACUAGAAUUCCUAAAUCUCUGGCAUUGCAAUAAACUCAGAAGACUUCCAAGAAGAAUUGAUUCGAAAGUUCUAAAAGUUCUAAAACUAGGCAGCACAAGAGUGAAAAGAUGUCCAGAGUUUCAAGGAAAUCAGCUGGAAGAUGUAUUCCUAUAUUGUCCUGCAAUAAAGAAUGUGACAUUAACAGUCUUAUCCAUCUUAAAUUCUUCAAGACUUGUUCAUUUAUUUGUUUAUCGUUGCAGGAGACUCUCGAUUCUACCAAGCAGCUUUUAUAAAUUGAAAUCUCUCAAGUCACUUGAUUUACUGCAUUGUUCAAAACUUGAGAGCUUCCCGGAGAUCUUGGAGCCCAUGUAUAAUAUAUUCAAAAUAGACAUGAGCUAUUGCAGAAAUCUAAAGAGCUUUCCUAACAGCAUCAGUAAUUUGAUAUCUUUGACAUAUCUUAAUUUAGCAGGAACUGCUAUUAAACAGAUGCCAUCAUCCAUUGAACAUCUGAGUCAGCUAGACUUUUUGGACCUCAAGGACUGUAAAUAUCUUGAUAGCCUUCCAGUCUCUAUUCGUGAACUUCCUCAACUGGAAGAAAUGUACUUAACUUCCUGCGAGAGUCUCCAUUCCUUACCGGAGCUGCCAUCAUCUUUAAAGAAACUACGUGCAGAAAAUUGCAAAUCACUGGAGAGGGUAACCUCCUACAAAAAUCUUGGAGAGGCAACAUUUGCAAACUGCUUGAGAUUGGACCAAAAGUCUUUCCAGAUAACUGAUCUCCGUGUUCCAGAAUGUAUUUAUAAAGAACGUUAUUUGCUUUAUCCGGGAAGUGAAGUUCCAGGAUGCUUCAGUAGUCAAAGUAUGGGAUCUUCAGUCACCAUGCAGUCUUCCUUAAAUGAGAAGCUGUUCAAAGCCGCUGCUUUCUGCGUUGUCUUUGAAUUUAAGAAAUCGUCAGACUGCGUUUUUGAAGUUCGGUACAGAGAGGACAACCCUGAAGGUAGAAUUCGGAGUGGAUUCCCAUAUUCUGAGACUCCCAUUUUGACCAACACGGAUCAUGUGCUAAUAUGGUGGGACGAAUGCAUAGACCUCAACAAUAUUUCAGGCGUCGUGCAUUCAUUUGAUUUCUAUCCCGUUACGCAUCCAAAGACUGGCCAGAAAGAAAUUGUAAAACAUUGCAAGGUGAAAAGAUGUGGCUUACAUAUGUUACCUCGGACUUAAGUUAACAAUGCAUCUCCUGUUGUAUCUCUUAUCUAUUUGUAUAUGAAUUUUCAUAUCAAAGUUUGGAUUGUGAAGUUUUUAGAAGCUGAAUUGUUUCAUAUAUACCAAUCCAUCACCUGGUUUUCCUUUUUCA